AUGAAUUUUUCGGAAUUAAGUGGAUGGCUUUAUAAUUUUGUAAGAUUACAACAGGAAAAUGAUGGCUAUGUGAGGGAUGCGGAGAGUGAUGAAAGAACAACCGAAUUGGUGUUUUAUAUUAUUGAUGGUUGUUUGGCAAUUGUAUUUUUGUUGUGUGCAUUGUUUUAUGUAAUUUUAUUUGUAACAAAGAGAAGUAGUUUGACAAAGAGAUUCCUUAUGGAUAGUAUUGUACCAAGUAUUUCUAUUGUCAUGUUGGUAUUUUGUUUGGUGAAAUCAAUUCAUGUGGUGUGUCCGAUUUUUGAAUUGUUGGAUAAUAAGAUUGCAACCUUUGUAUUGACAAUUGUUCAAUAUGUCACUCUCUAUUUUACAACAAUUUUAUUAUUCUCAGUGUCAUUGGUUACUCUCUAUUAUGCUAUUAAGCAAUAUACAGUGAAUGGUUAUGUGGUUUCUAAUACAGGACUAUUGGUUUACAAAAUUAUUUUCACACUAAUUGUUGGAUUUAAUGCCCUAUUAUUAGCUGGGUCAUUUGGAUUAUCAAUUGCUCAACAUACUAUUGAUGUAUUUUUCAAAGAGUUGGAACCAGCAGUUCUUACUGAAGUUACCUUUUAUGUAUUUAUUGGAUGCUAUGCAUGGCAAUUUUUAAUUCAAGUUUGUGUUGGACUUUAUGGAAUUGCAUUCCACAUUUUCAAUGGAAGAUAUAUUCUUUUGGAUGAUUAUAUUGCAAGAAAAUGUACUCGUUCAUUCCUUGGAUCUUGUGUUGGUAUCUCAGCUGCCAUGGUUGUUUUCAUGUCAACUAUAUUAACAAUUCAUACACUUGAUUUUCAAAAUGUUUUGAAAGAGUCAUUGCCAUUCUUCACCCUAGCUGGUGACGCUGUUUUGGCCUUCCUCUGUGUUUGCCUUAUAAUUGUUUGGGGUCCACUGAAUCCAUCAUUAUCGAGCUUGUAUGCAUCAAUGCAAGGUGCCAUGCACUCAAUGGAAAGAAGAAGCUUGCUCACAGGUGGAUCUCAGGCAUCGAUCUCCUCCAAUUCUUCCCAUGUACAUAAUAGAGCAUCUGUAAAUAGACAUUUGGAAUAA